GACUUCCGUUAUCAGCAAAUGUCAAACAUAUAAAUAAAACAUUUCAAAAACUUUCAAUUAAAUCAUAAUAUUUUAUGGGUACCUCCUUUCACUUUAGCUAUUGUAUUGUAUAAAACCGAAUGUGCAACGAUAUGGAUUAUUUGUUCAAACCAAUAGUUUUAGUGACGGGAUUUGGUCCUUUCGCAAAUCACCCGGUGAACGCAAGUUGGGAAGCUGUAAAAUUGAUGGAUAAGGAUGGUAUCGAGAGAAAACACAUGAUAGAGUUUGUACCACUGGAGAUUCCUGUCACGUACGAAAAUGUGGACGAGUUCGUGCCAGCUUUGUGGGAAACACAUGAGCCAAAGUUGAUGAUCCACGUCGGAGUAUCAAGCAUAGCCAAAGAACUGACCUUAGAGAUGCAAGCCCACAAGAAAGGCUACCAGCGGAUGGACUACUUGGACAAAUGCCCACCAAAUCACAUCUGCCCAGCUGAUGGUGCUAUCCGGAUGCAGACCAGAUUAGACAUUGAGAGGAUAUGUAAAGAGUUUAAUGAUGGGAAUCCGCCUGAUGAGAAAAGUAGUGCUGUAGUCUCUAAAGACGCUGGAAGAUACCUAUGUGAAUAUAUUUACUAUAGAUCUCUAAGCAUAGACAACACAAGAACUCUGUUUGUGCACGUGCCAGACCUUCAGAUAUAUUCCGCGGAAACCACAGCACGAGGGCUGGAGAGAAUCUUGGACUUGUGUCUAGACCAACUCAUAGAGAAAGAAGCUGCAGAGAAACUGAAUGGUGUUAGCUUAGAAGACGAAGAUUAGGAUUAAUGGAAAUUUUGAAGUAAAAUAAACUUGAAGUUUCCUAUGUGUAAAGUUGUAUUAGAGUGUGUAUUGGUGUAGAAAAAUACACAAGAUUAUAUAGUAAAAUGUUCAAGUAUAAUCAUCUUAUAAUGUAUCACAUGUGACUGGUUUAUCAUCGCAUCAUUAUUAGCAUUUAUAUCAAUAAUACACUUAUUAAAAAAUCAAAUUACUGUAUUACUAAUCAAUUACUCAAAUUACUAAUCUGUAAAUAUAAUUUGUAUUUGAUAAUAAAAUGUAAAUGUAAAUUGUUGUCUGUACAAAGAUAUUAUUAAAAAAUAAAACAUGUAAAUAGUUUAUAAA